AUGGACUUGCAUGUAUUGGCCGACGCUGCCGAUGGUCUUUCCGCCAUGGAAACUGUGCCUGAAACUGUGCCUGAAGCAGUUGGUUCUCCUGAAGAAGAUUAUGGAAUUGCUGAUGGUGACUCAUUGGAAUUAAGGACUUCACUCAUUUCAGAGGUUGAGAAAACCAACUCGAUUAUGGCUCGAAGAAAUCAAAGGAGAAACCACCCAAAUGACAUAACCGACCAUCGUUUCUUGCAAUUCCCACGAAGUCUUAACAAUGAAACUCGUGGCAAAUAUUUGAACACCUUAAGUUUACUGCUCACGAAAGAGAUUGACAUCGCACCUUCAUUCGACUGGGGAUUGGCAUCCCAGACUGGACUAGACGAACGGAUCCAGAAUUUUUUGCAAUACACCUACUUGGACGCGAGUGGUGUGUCAUUUUUCCUAUGA